AUGAGUGCUACAAGGAGCACAAGAUUCUUCCGACCCUGGAACAUCCAUGAAACCGUUGGUGGAACUAACACGGCGUCGGUUGGAGGAAACGAGAACCGGCACGAAAUGGAAGAGCCAGUAGAACGGCAAGAUGAAGAUGUCACCGCUCCUUCAGGCGUUACUUCCGGAGAGGUCAGCUCCGGAAGUUCAUCGGACAGCGACGUUUCCUCGGCUGGCACCAUGGUAUCGGCGUACAGCGACGGUGCAAUUAGGAGUAUUUCCAUGGCACCCCAAGAAUCUGCGUUUCAAAUAGCGAACUACAAUUAUCUAGCGAGCACUCUGCAUCAAAACAAUACGAACCUCACAAAUACUUUCCAUCUUGGCUUGGAUUUGGCCAGUUCUUCAACGUCUCCGACAGUGUUUCCGGCCAUGUUGGGGAUGUACUGUCCAUCGUCCAUGGACCAGGCCGUUGAGAGAGUUCACUUGCAAGACGCGGCUGCGAAACAGAUGAAGAAAUUGCGGCCGAAGAAAUUUCGAUGCGAACUCUGCGACGUCGCGUUCAGCAAUAACGGACAGCUGAAGGGACACGUCCGUAUACAUACAGGAGAGAGGCCCUUUAAAUGCGACGCGGAGGGAUGCGGAAAAUCGUUCACUAGAAACGAAGAACUUACGAGGCAUAAGAGGAUUCAUACGGGAGUUCGUCCACACGGUUGCAUCGUCUGCGGGAAGCAUUUCGGAAGGAAGGAUCAUCUGAAGAAACACAUGAGAACGCACGAGAAUCGAGAUCCAUAUCGUGUGUCAGCAGCAGCGUUAGGGAUGUUCGCCCUUGGCUCGGUUCUACCACAAGGCUCUCCGUUUCCACCGUAUCUAUAUCCAUUUUGA